AUGUCUGGUGAGGAACUGCUGCGAUGCAAUUAUAUGUUACCGACUAAAAAGAGAAGAUGUCGUAUGUUGGUGAAGAAGGGGAACCUCUUCUGCGGUGAACACUCCAUUCAUGAUCCAAGCAAAUCGGAGCGUGUAAUUUGUCCGAAUGAUCCAAAACAUACAGUGAAAAAGGAUGAGCUGGAAAAACAUCUAGCAACGAAAUGCAAUUCACGAUUACCCGAUGAGCCGUGGAUUGUGUUCAAUAUCAAUGUUGCUAAUCAAGAUAGAGGCAAGACUCUUUUCGUUUUUACAGAUCGAGUCGAUGAAUGCGAUAAUCGACGUCCAGAUGACGAGCAAUUGUCUCGAAUGAGUGCUUUGAUUCAAAAUGCUAUCCAAAAGGUUUCCUUUUGCAUUACCGAUCGAGUGCUUACCUCAAAACAAAUCACGGAUCAUCUCAGCUCAAAUACGCAUCUUAGUGGCGAACAUCGCAAACAUCUCAUACAACUGUCAUCAAUCAUUGGUUAUUUUUAUCUUCGUUGA